CUACAAAAUGGUGUUCCAGCUCUGGUGAGCUUCUUCAAGGGUUGUCCGGACGACUGGGUCACUCUGAACGCUCCAGUCAGGCAAAGAGGGUGUCGACGUCUCCUGUUUAGGUGGAUCAAGACGAACCUCUUUUCGGACAGCCUCUCACCCGAAAGGGAGGAUUCAGCUUUCAUUUCUGCAUACACUUUUUUCAAUUCGCCAACCUCUUUGUUGAUCGUCACUUGUCGUUUGCCCCUCUCGUCUGUCUGGACGGUACAACUUUCUGACGGCCCAUUGUCUCUUCGCCUAUUCCGCCCCCACAACUCUGCAAGCAGUCGGCUUUCGCGACGUCCUACACACAUUUCACACACACUCUCUCUCUCUUUUUGGCGUUCGUUGGCGCGAUCCUUUUCUCGCGUAAACCCAACCGAAAGUGUCACGUUCUACUCUCUUGAGUCUAUUAUUAUUCACUUUCUCUGCCCCCUUCUCGAUAGUAGUACAUUCACACAUUUCAAGUCGAGCACACUUCGUCGUCACACCAGUCGGUCCUUGCGUCGCCUGUACCCUUCCUUCGUUUGGCACCUCCGAGUCCGCUUGCAGUCACUCGUUUCUGGGUGUGUUGCAGCCGGAUUCCUGUACUUUUCGGGUAUGAAUCCAACUAGCUGCUCGGUUCUGCCAAGUCAUCGUUCGCUUCCAGUCUCCCCGAGUCUGAUGUCUUCCGAUCGGACUCAGGCCCAUUCUCUCAUUCGUCUGCGCACUUGGUUCCAAACCCACUACCACUCGUUGCCACGCGCCCCCAAGACCCUUCGAAAUGCGGUCAGCCCUUUUCUCGGUCAUCCCAGACCGAGCCCCGACUCGUCUUCCGGCAUCCGCACUCUCGACACCACUUACCUGUCCUUCCCUCUCCCUGUCGACCCUUUGCCCAAACCACACACACGCACACAAUCACGUCACACCCGCACCGUCACAAUGUCGCCGGCCGCGGACCUCUGCUCUCCCGGCUCCACUCAACACGUCCACGCUGCAGCCCGCCGCCGGCUCUACUCCUGCAUGGCGGAUCCUCUGGCCGCGGCAUCGCAGAAUGUGCUGCGACUGAAACGGGUCUCCGACUCACCCCAGCUCUUGGUCAUCAGCAAGUCGCUGGGCCAGGCAAGUGGUACCGCAUUUUUGUGA